AUGCACUCUCGGCUGAUGGCGAGGGCUGACGACACCGGAGGUCUGGAGGGAUUCGGUUCGGACGGGGGUCAUCAUCAGCAGCAGCAGCAGGAACACCAGCACGGACACGCCACGACACAGGGUCUACGGCACUUCGAGUCCACGCACGAGGACUACCACAGCUGGCAACCGCUGGACGGUCACUUUGGACACUUUGAUCACGGUGCGGAGCUUGCCAAGCUCACCAGCCACGGACACCAGGAGUUCGUCCACCACGGACAUGGACACGAAGCAGGAUUCGGAGGCCAUGAGGUUGGAGACUUCGGAGGUCACGGUGGUGCGUUCGGCGGAGGACAUCACGAGGAGCACCACGGACAGGAGUUUGGCGGUGGACAGCAUGAGCUGGGAGGGCAUCAAAGCUUCACCCACGGAGAAGGUCACCACGAGCUGGGACACGAGUUCGGAGGGCACGAGGAUCUGACUCACGGACACUACAGUUUCGGUUCGGGAUUCCACCACGACCACAAGGAACAUCACCACCACCCGAUCAAGGAGGUGCACCUGGAGGCGACGGAAGUGCACGAGGACGACGAUGGCCACAAAAAGAAGGAGGAGAAGCACAAACAGAAAAUCAAGUACGUCACCGUGACGGAACGAGUUCCGGUUCCGUACAAGGUGACGGUCGAGAAGAAGAUCCUGGUGCCGGUCAAGGUUCCGUUCACCGUGCACACCGAGAAGGUGGUGCCGGUGUACGUGGAGAAGAAGUUUCCGGUGGUCGUGGAGAAGCACGAGAUCGUGCACGUCGACAAGCCGUACGAGGUAAAGGUGCCGCAUAAGGUCGAGGUACACAAGAAGGAAAUCAUCAAGGUCGAGAAGCCAGUUCCGGUGAAAAUUGAAAAGCCCGUCCCGUACAAGGUGGAAAAGCCCUACAUCGUGCACAAACACGUGCCCGUGAAGGUUUGGGUAAACGUCAAGAAGGAGCAUCAUGAUCAUUAA